UUCUUUUUUACUGAAUAGAUUGUUAACUAAAUUACUGUAUACAUUUCAAUGACGGCUUUUAUGGUGAUAAAGAAAAUUUGAGUGCUGCCAGCAUAAUAUCCUGCUGCUAUAAUACCGCUAAUGAAGCCUGGUUUGGCCAUCACUACAUUCAAUUCCUCAAAAAAAUAUUCUCUUCUCUCUAUAUUUUCUCAAAUGUUUCUCCCCAUUUCUAUUCUGGACAGUAAUGUCCAUCUUGUCAGUUUUUCUUGGCCAAUUGUUUGAGAACUGUGGGGAGUAAGAGAACAACCUUAGAACAAGCAGCCAUGCAGACGACAGAUCAGGUGAAGUCCACAGGGAGGAACGUACAUUUGUAUGGUGAUUGGCUUAGUCAGAACUGUGCACACUGAUUAUCAGAUGAUUUGCAAAUGCUGUGGGUUGUUCAUGUUCCAUGACAUAUCUCUCACUCUCACACACACACACACACACACACACACACCUCUUCAUAUGUCAAACCUCCACACUUGCUUCACAAAAUUUGUGAUCUUAUAUUCACUGGCGCUGCCAAGGGGCGGCCAGGGGGGCCACGACCACCCUGAUACUAUCGCUGGCCCCCCCACUGGCCCCUCCUCUCGGGUCGCAUAUGCAUAAUAUGCUUCUGAGUAUGCAUAAUGUACUUUUAUCUGAAAUUUUACAUUAGGUACUAUUAAUUUAAAAGUGCAUUAUGUAGGAUUUGUGGCGGGUAGCGACAACGCACCCAAACCUGUUCCAGCCAAUCUUUAGCCAAUCACAUUUGGCGAGGCGGGACUUGGCUCCGUUUGUGAACAUGCCUGUGAUAAGCAACAUUUCCAAGGUGGAAGAACUAAUGACAUGAAAUGGAUGGAGUUCGACUCUGAUUAUUAACUUUUUCUUACGGACAGUAGAGCCGAUCGUAAAAAUGGUCCUCAAAGGGAACACGAGCAAUGACAGCACAGCCUUCCUGGACUCUGAGUUCCGCUACACCCUCUUCCCAGUGUUCUACAGUAUCGUCUUCAUUCUUGGACUGACGGCCAACAGCUAUGUGCUGUUUGUGCUGCAUCGCCUGCGUGAAGCGCAGACCAUGAAUGAGAUACGCAUCUACAUGACCAAUCUGACCGUCGCCGACCUGCUCUUCGUCUGCGCCCUCCCCUUCUGGAUUGACUACUUCCUUCGCCGAGGUAACUGGAAGUACAGCGAUAUCCUGUGCCGUGUCAGCGGCACGUUCUUCUUCAUCAACACCUACUGCUCCGUCCUCUUCCUCACUGCCAUUAGUGUAUACCGCUACUGGGCUGUCACAUGCCCACUGGACGCCACCUCGUCCAACUGUUGGCGUCGGGGGGCUCUUAUCUCAACGAUGAUCUGGGUGCUCACCCUGUCCUUUUCCGUGGUGUACCUGGUGAAGCCGGCCGUGAACAAGGACCAGGCCAACGUAAACCGUUGCUUCGAAGGUUACCACGAAGACAGUGACGACAGCAAGCGCCUGGUGGCCAUCACACACCUGGUUAUCGUCAGCUGCUUCUUCUUGGUUUUUUUCAUCGUCGUAGCUUGCAACCUGCUCAUCGCCCGGGCCCUGCUCAUCCAAUCGCCCUCACAGGCGUUAGGCUCCGUUUCUGCCAAGCCCAGAGGGGUGGAGCGCCAGGCUCUGCAGAUGCUGUGCGUAGUGGUGGUGGUGUUCAUUGUGUGCUUCCUGCCCCAUCACCUGGUUCAGUAUCCCUGGACCCUGGCGGUGCUUCAGAUCCAGGAGGGCUGGGGCAGUACAGGCUGGAACUACACGACACGGCACUGGCUGAAUGACGCCCACCAGAUCACUCUGAUGCUGAUGGGGCUCAACUGCCUCCUGGAUCCAGUGGUGUACUGCUUUGCCACCAGGAGGUUCCGUCUGUACAUCAAGGACCACCUGAAGAGGGUGGGAAAGGGCAGACACUUCUCUGACACUAUUGCCACUCACAUCUCCAUGACGAGCCAGGGGCUUCAUAACGAGCCAGGGGCUUCAUAACGAGCAGCGGUC